CUCUCUCUUACGCGCAAAAAACAAACAACUGGCUGUUCUCUCUCUCUCUCACUGCUCUCUCUCUCUCUCUCUCUCUACUUGUAGGCACUGAAACAAUGCAUAAGUAAAGGACAUUUUGCAGUUUCUCCCACGGGAAGAAUACGGUCAUUUUAGAGAAACAGUGAGAGACAGUAUAGUUGAUUGAUAGACAAUGACAAGUUCAGGGUCAUCAUUUUUAAGGCAGCUGAGCGGAAGAGAAGGUUGGAAAUCAACAUCAAGGCGUUGGAGGGGUGCUGCUACUGAUAAUGGAUUAAACAGCAACAGGGGGUAUUACGACGGUGGUAGUGAGAGAAGCUUGAAGCAAAUGGAGGGUCUCAACAACGUGAUGUACGGAGGCGGCAGCGGAGGAUUGGUGGUGAGGAAGAGGGUGAUGGUGGUUGUGGACGCGUCCUCGCACUCGAAGCACGCCAUGAUGUGGGCCCUCACUCAUGUGACGACCAAGGGUGAUUUGUUGACUCUGCUUCUCGUCAUCCCUCCUUCUCCACUUACUACUAAUUCACAGCCAGGUGAAAGAGGAUCUGAUCAUCAGUGCUGCUCUAAUAACUCUCCUAAUUACCUUGCUACCUCUCUUGCCUCCCUUUGCAAGGCCUGUAAACCUGAGGUGGAUGUGGAAGCAUUGGUGAUACAGGGACCAAAACUAGCCACAGUGAUGAGCCAAGUGAAGAAGCUAGAGGUGUCUGUGCUGGUCUUGGGUCAGAAGAAGCCCUCCCCCCUCCUCAAUUGUCUGUGUGGGAGUAGCAGCACAGAGAAGUUUGUGGAGCAGUGUAUCAACAAUGUGGAGUGCUUAACAAUUGGAGUGAGGAAGCAGAGGAAAGGCAUCGGCGGCUACCUUAUCAGUACCAGAUGGCAGAAGAACUUCUGGCUCUUGGCUUAGCUUCUAUUAUUAGUAGUAUUAAUUAUGACGAUGAUGAUUAAUUAGUGACAUAUGUCCAACCUUUUAUGUAUAGGAGGAUCAAAGAGAAUUAUCUAAUGUAGUAGCACUGAAGUUACUAGUCUGCCCAACCCCUCUUUUAACCCCUUAACUGCUAGGUCUAUUGUACUCCUAUUAAUAAAGCUACCUCACUCGAUCGA